GUCUUCCCAAACAUCCUCUGCUACUGCAUAUUUGAAUUUUUCUUUUCAUUUCUUUACCAAUCUCCGUUUAUAUUUUUAACGAACCAAACUCAGGGCAUUAAUGCUCCACUGUCAAUUCUUCCUCCAUUUAAUAAAUUUUAUGGUUAACAACUGAGGUCUCUUCCUUUCAUCACUAAUUCCAUAUGCCAUACGCAUGUACAAGAAUUGGGUAACCUGAGCAAUGUGGAGUGGGGCCAUUCCUCCAUCAAUUAUGGCACUUCAUUCUCUAAGGGCAUUAUCUCUAUCUUUUAAUAUGUUUAAUGGCUCAUUACCAAAUCCCGGUCUGUGUGAGUUAAAGAGGCUUCAAGAGUUAGAUUUGAGCCAAAACAAUUUUGAAGGGACAUUCCCUCCAUGUCUAAACAAUCUAACAUCUCUUAAACUUCUAGAUAUUUCAGACAAUCUUUUCUCCAAAACUCUUUCCUCAGAUUUGAUACAAAGCCUCCCAUUAUCCCUUGAAUUCAUUGAUAUUUGUCACAACAAUUUCCAAGGCUUAUUCUCUUUCAGCUCAAUUGGGAAUUACUCCAAACUUGAGGUAUUCAUGCUCACAGGCUACAAUGAUAGACUACAAGUUGAUGCUCAAUAUCCAAAAUGGAUUAAUUUGUUGUUUCAAUUCAAGGCCUUGAUACUUUCAGAUUUGAGCCUGAACAGUAUUCCACAAUUUCUCUUUUAUCAACAAAAAUUGAGAGUAAUUGAUCUUUCUCACAACAAGUUGAAAGAAAAGUUCCCUAUUUGGCUACUACAAAACAAUUCAAACCUCAAAUUUAUGAAUCUCAGGAAUAAUUCUUUUGUUGGUGAACUCUAUUUGCCAUCAUAUGAAAUUAGAAAUAUGGUUUGGCUAGAUCUCUCAAAUAAUCAUUUUACUGGAAAGUUACUGGAGGAUUUUGGGGACAAGCUUCUUGGCUUACAGUAUCUUAAUUUGUCUCAGAAUCAAUUUGAAGGUGCUCUCCCAAGUAGUCUUGGUAAUAUGAGAGAUUUGGUCUACUUGGAUUUGGCCUUCAAUUUUUUCUCAAGAGAAGUCCCUAAUGAAUUGCUUGUGAGAUGUUGCAAGUUGAAGCAUUUGAGGUUGUCUUACAAUAGAUUUAAUGGCCAAUUUUUCUCAUCUAAAUUCAACUUGAGCACUUUGUUUCACCUAGAAUUGAACAACAACGAAUUCACUGGAAGCUUGUUGAAUGUGAAGCUUGAGACAUUGGAAAUAUUAGAUGUUAGCGACAACUACUUCAAGGGUCCAAUUCCUACCUGGGCUAAUCAGGUAAGUUGGUUGAUUUCAAUGAGGAAUAACUCUUUUGAAGGCCAAUUUCCGUGCCAACAACCUAUGUCUACAUUGUUGCUUUUUCUAGACCUCUCUCAUAAUUUUCUUUUCGGUCCUCUACCUUCUUGCAUUGAUUUCACUAGCAUAGUUGAGAUUCAUUUAGAAGGGAACAAGUUCACAGGAUUGUUGCAAAAUUUUCUUCCCAAUUUCUCAAGUAGUCUUUCUGUGUUGAAUCUUAGAGAAAACAGCUUGUCUGGUGUCAUUCCUGACCUGAUUGGUACGUUUAUAAAUCUAAAGCUUCUUAUAUUGGGAAAAAAUCAUUUAAAGGGUUCAAUCCCAAAGACAUUGUGUUUAUUGGAGAAUAUAAGUAUAAUGGACCUUUCUAGCAACUCUUUGUCUGGAACAAUACCUUCUUGUUUCCAAAAUUUAACCUUUGGGGUGAUGAAGAAUGAUGGUGAAACUCUUGUACAAGAUCAAUUACAGAUUUUGAAUGAGUUUACUGAUGAAAAUCACAUAUAUGGACAUCUCAUAAAGAAGAAUUUAGACCUUGUCGUAGAUAUUAUGGCUGUAGGAUUGAAUGAGAUUUAUUUAGUUGAUAAAAAUAGAGGCAGCUCUUAUAAGGGUAGUAUACUAAAUUUCAUGUCUACUCUUGACAUGUCCUGUAAUGAUCUGACUGGAGAAAUCCCUCAAGAGCUCGAAAAGUUCACACAGAUUCGUGCUUUAAACUUAUCUCAUAAUCAAUUGACAGGUUCUAUUCCAGUCACUUUGUCAAGACUAUCAAUGAUUGAAAGCUUGGACCUUUGCUGCAACAAUUUGAGUGGAAAUAUCCCUCCAGAGUUGACCAACCUAAACUUCUUAGAGAUCUUCAAUGUGUCAUACAACAACUUAUCUGGCCAGAUUCCAAAGAAAGGACAAUUUUCAACAUUCGAGGAAAGCAGUUAUGAAGGAAACCAAUUUCUUUUCGAGCCGUCAUUGGAGAAAUGCUGCAUCACUAAUAUUAAGACACCACAUUUGGAAUCAUUGGCUUCGAAUGUAACUAAAGGGAAAUGGUAUGAAGUUGACCUCCUUGCUUUUCGUGCAUGUUUUUUCCCAACAUAUGUGAUAUUCUUUUUGUUGAUUGUGUCCCUUCUCUACAUCAACCCUCAUUGGCUUAAAGUGCCACUUUAUUUCAUAUCAAACAUUAACUACCUUUUGAAUUUGUCAUUCUUCAAUAAGUUGAGUUGUUGAUGAAGACUUUUAGUAGUCCAUCUUAUUACUUAGUUCUUGCAACUUUAUAUACCAUGUAGUCAAUUUAGUCCUUUAAUUGUGACAACACCUAGUUAUUGUGUAUAAGUUUGGGAAUCUAAAUUUGAAGAGGGUGUAUAUUUGAAUUUGGAGUUUAAAUUCAAAUGAAGUGUUUGUUUUUAC